GGGCGAGAGAGAGAGCGUGCGCGAGAGAGCGAGAGCGGUCUGAAUCGUGAGUGGCUUACGACACUCAGUGAGCAGAAGGUGCCUGUGCAUGCUCUAGCAGAUCACUAGUCUGCUACUGGGAAUCGAACCCGCUGACGCUCUCCGCCCCGACAUCCACAGCCCCACCCCCGACGGCCCCGCACCCAACCCCCUCGACAGCCCCUUACAGCCGGCUGGAGACGGAGGAAAAACAGGGCAGUGCAGAGGGAGCCAGAGACCGCAGCUCCGACAUGCAGCCGGGAAUCUUUCUUACCACGCGCGCGCCAGAGAGAGACCCUGAAUGAGGACUACCACCGCUGAAGGCAUACGCACACGCACGACGCUCGCUCCCCGUCUCCCUCUCACAACAGAGGAGCAUGUUGUGGAGAGAGUGAUGGCCGCACACCUGAGUGGAUUUUAACCGCAAAAGUCAGUGAUUUAUCACGGUGACGCACGUCCAUUCCGGUUGUCAGAUCCAUUGAAACUUUAGCGCGACGAGGAAAAGAAAUCGAGAGGAGGUGGAGUAGGAGGCGAGGGCAAUACCGAUCUGUUGGUAUUCAUUUUUUUCCUCCCUUCUUGGUAUUUUCUCCCCCUCUCUCCAUAUCUCCCUCUCUGUCUCUCUCUCUCUCUCGCUCUCCUGCCUCUCGCCCGCUAUCUCCGCGGCGGUGCCUCCUGCCUUCUGGUCGUCGCAGCGGAGGACUGCAGAGGAGCGCCGGCCGCCGCGGUGGACACAGUGCUCACGCAUGCGGACGCGGUGGGGGGAUAACCUGCACUUCUUCGCGCCUCGCUGAAGACAACCUCCUCCGCGACCCCCUUGAUUCCCUCCUGUCUCCCCUUCUCUCCGCUCUCCCCUGCUCUCUCCUUCUCUGCGCUCUCUCCUCUCCCUGGCUCUUUCACUUGAGGAGAACUGAGACAUUGUACGCCUGCCAGGACCCAGUGUCCGCUGAAAGGGGUGCAGGGGAGGAGGAGGAGGGGGGGACAUUGCGACCACACUGGGGUCUUUUCUAGACCCGCACAUAAUUAGUGGCAGGGCACAAAGGCAGCAGCUGAAUGGAGGUGGUCCGCCUCUGGUUAGGGGUGAGUAGGACUCUUUUUUCAUGACAGAUCACUUCAAUGAAGACAUAUUCUCGGCCCCCACCACCGCCACCGCCACCGUCGCGCCCCCCCCCCCCCCCCCCACCUCCUUGCCGUUUGAUAUCUGACAUGACAAGAGGGACUCCGCUAGGUUUGUUGUUUUCCAAAAGGGACGCUACCCUGAGUCGAUAGACAAGCGCAACAGAGAGAACGAGAGAGAGAGGGAGAGAGAGAGCGAGAGAGAGAGAGAGAGAGAAAGAGAAAAAUAAAUCAUACCUACCUCCUUUUUCUACAACAACAUAGGGAACCGGGGACGGGGAAGGAUUAGAGGCAUCGCCGCUGGUUUCUGCGAGAGCCAUCCUGCUCAUUAUGAUGUGAGACGUGACAACAUCCUAUCCAGAGCGGUUCGAUGGACAUUUUCUCGGCAACAUACUUGGAUAUUUAUGCUGAUGGAUUUCCUCCUAAUUGGUCUGUAUUUAAAGUGGCCACUGAGGAAACCCACGGGGCUGAUACUGGUUUCUCUGGGCCUGCUCCUGCGGACGGCGGCCCAGGCGGAGGGGGGCUGUCCGAGGCAGUGCCGCUGCGACAGCAAGCUGCUGUACUGCGAGGGGCUCAACCUCACUGACAUCCCCCGCAACCUGAGCAGCGCCAUGGGCCUGUCCAUGCGGGAGAACAACCUGACGGAGCUGCGCGAGGGCCACCUGGCCGGCCUGGCGCAGCUCACCUGGCUCUACCUGGACCACAACAACAUCGACCUGGUGGAGGAAGGCGCCUUCGAUAGGCUGCGGCGGGUCAAGGAGCUGGACCUGAGCAGCAAUCGCAUCGAGAGCCUGCCCAACGCCACCUUCAGGCCCCUCCCCAACCUCCGCAUUCUGGAUCUAUCGUACAACCGGCUGCAAGCCCUGGAGCCCGACCUGUUCCACGGCCUGAGGAAGCUGACUAAUUUGCAUCUGCGCUACAACGCUCUGAAAUUUGUGCCUGUGCGGAUCUUUCAGGACUGCAGGAGCAUGCAGUUCCUGGACCUGGGAUACAACCAGCUACAGAGCCUGGCGCGGAACUCCUUCGCCGGGCUGUUCAAGCUCACAGAGCUGCAUCUGGAGCACAACGAGCUGGUGAAAGUCAACCUGGCCCACUUCCCCCGCCUGAGCGCCCUGCGUACUUUGUAUAUGCACAACAAUCGCGCCGCCAUCAUGGUGAGCACCCUGGACUGGACCUGGCAGUACCUGGAAAAGAUUGACUUGUCGGGCAACGAGAUCGAGUACAUCGAGCCCCACGUGUUCGAGAGCACCCCCCACCUGAAGGUGCUCAUGCUGGACUCCAACCGGCUGAGUGCCGUGGAGCCGCGCAUACUGGACUCCUGGGCCUCCCUGGAUAGUAUCACCUUGGCGGGGAACGACUGGGAGUGCAACCGCAACGUGUGCGCCCUUGCCUCCUGGCUGAGCGCCUUCCGGGGCCAGCGGGACAGCACCCUUAUGUGCUCCAGCCCGGACAUCGCCCAGGGGGAGGACGUGCUGGACGCCGUUUACGCCUUCCAGCUCUGCGAGGACCCCCCCUCGGAGGUCACCACGGCGGGGCCCUACGCCUCCACGCGGGACCGGGCCCGGGGCAGCGGCGGCGGCGGCGUCCUGGUGGGGCCCUUCACCCUUGGCCCCUACGAGGGCAAGGGCGGGGAGUCGGCGACGGGCUCCUUCACGGAGCCCGCCGGCGGCGACAUGGACGACCUGGAGAGCACCAUGCAGAUCCACAAGGUGGUGACGGGCACCAUGGCGCUCAUCUUCUCCUUCCUCAUCGUGGUGCUCAUGCUCUACGUGGCCUGGAAGUGCUUCCCGGCCGGGAUCAGGCAGCUGCGGCAGUGCUUCACCAGCCAGCGGCGCAAGCAGAAGCAGAAGCAGAGCAUGCAGCAAAUGGCUGCCAUCUCCACACCGGAGUACUACGUUGACUAUAAACCCAACCACAUCGAGGGGGCCCUGGUCAUCAUCAACGAGUACGGCUCCUGUACAUGCCAGCAGCCCGCUUCUAGGGAGUGUGAGGUUUGAGAGCCCUGCUUUGUGAGUAUGUGUUUAACUGUGAUUAUUAUGGAUACACGACCCCCGACCCCUCCCCCCUGCUUUCCUCCUCUCCCCCUCAGCCCAGCCACCCCUUUUUGGAUAUAUUUGUGAGGGAGAUAUUAUGCGAUGCAAAGGAAUAAAGGGACGGUUCGUCUCACUGUGCUUUUCUCGUGUGCGUUUCACUGGAUUUCACUGGACUUCACACUGGAUAUAACUGGGGAUCGAGGGAGGACAGGCCCUACAUGGGCCCAUGUGACUCUGGACCUGUUGCCUACCCUGAGAGGAACUAUGGUGUGACCACGCAAGACUAUUCUUUCACACAAACACUGGAUAUUUCAGCUUUAAUGUGUCUUUCUACUUCAGGAAAUUGAGAUAUAGUUUAAAAACACAAACUGUGGACACGUCUAAAGAAGAAGAAGAAAAAAAAUCGACACAAUUUAUAUUAUGAUAAACAUUUGACAAUGAGACACACGUAUGAAAUAUAUAUCGAAGAUGUUUAAGUUUGGAAGAAGUGUAAAGAUUAGAAAAAAGAACCUGUGUAAAAUACGUUUAAGAGCAGAAAUGCAAGUGUGGGGGAAAAAAGAUUGCAAGAUGCUAUUCUAUUUCUUUUGUAAACUACAAAACAUGUUUAAAUAAAUUAAUUGCUAUUCACAGUGAAGUACUUGGUGUGUGAGACGGCUGGAAGUGUGUAAAUGAUGAGGAAUGCAUUUUUCUGAGCUAGGAAGAGUGUUGUCUGCCUGUGAGCCUCUGAGAUACCAGAAAAAAAAAACAUGAAAAUAACAAGAAAAAAAAGGGAGGAGGGUAAAAUGGGAUAACAUUUCAAUGUUAAAAGUCCUGAUCUGAAUUACAGAUCUUAUCACUCAACUCUCAUGUACGCUGUUUGGUCAUUUACUGUGUUGGCUCGCUAUCAAUGUUGUGGUUGCUUUCCUUCCUUUCCAUUUCCUUUCUGUGAAUAGAUUCAAUUGAUCUAUUGCAUUUUAAUCCGUCACCAUACUUCCAUAUGAUUAUACCAUGAUUUGUGUGCCACCCCAGCAAACAGAGUAAAACACUGAAGAUCCAACGCCGAGCGGCCCCGACUCUCUCUCUCUCCCUCUCUCUCUCAGCCAUUCGCUGUAAUGCAUCGGCUAUGCCUUCUCUCACCAAACGAGGCACAUUGAAGACCGCAAAUGCCUGAGCUGCACUCAUUCAAAUCAAAAUGGUGUUCUAAAAUAGCUUUGUUUAAGGAACAAACGGCUGUGGCUUUUUGUCUUCAAAAAAAAAGAAUAAACGUUAACACACAUCUUUCCUGACUGUACUUACAUGUGAUGUGAACUAUGUUUGUUAAAUACACGGCCAUUGCGAGGAA